AUGGAGAAGGGGAAGAAGGAGGGGCAGACUGGGUGUUCUGUGCACUGCGGCUUUCUCCCUGCUGCUGUCCGCCGUGUUGGUGCUGGCCCUGCACCCAGCCUCCACUGCGUCAGGCCCAUGCAGCUGCUCAGGCUUCUCCGCCUCCUCUGGAUGCUCAGGGUCUCCCUGGGGGCCACAGGGCAGUGCCACAGUGGGACUACUUGGAAUGGAAAAGAUUGUGUCUGUCCCCAAGGCCACUUUGGUUUCCUGUGUAAAUCCAUUUCGGAGUACUUCAUCCUAGAAAUCCCGGAAAAAAUCAAUGCCUCUGUAAAACUGAGAGUGAAAGUGACUAACCAGAAUUUCACAAAAGACCUAAACGACACAGUCUCCUCUGCAUACAAGAAUUUCACUCAACUAUUCAAGAGUCAGAUGGAUAAAGCUUACAUGGGCAACGACUUUCCGCAAUAUGUAGGCGUGAUCAUUAGGAGACUGCUCCAGGGCAGCAUCGUGGUGGAACACGAAGUUGUCAUGGAGGCAAACUUCACUUCAGAGUUUCAGGAGCUGUUUAAAAACCUCACUGAGGUCAUAAAGGCCAAGUUUAUGCAUGAGAUCAAAAGGCUGCCCAGUAAUUCUGAUGAGUGCAAAGGCGUCUCACGUCUGUGCUAUGAUGAGAAAUCCGUCUUUGUGAAUGAGACCGUGAAGCUUGGCUUUGACCUGCAAGAGCAAUGCACUCAGAAGGCUACAAAGGACUUUGCCCAAUUCUACUAUGUGGAUGAUCUGGAUGGGAAGCUGGCCUGUGUGACCAAGUGCACCAAGGGGACGAAGUCACAAAUGAACUGUAACCAGGGCAGUUGCCAGCUGCAGCAAAGUGGCCCCCGCUGCCUAUGCCACAACUCAGACACACACUGGUACUGGGGAGAAACCUGUGAACGCAGCACCAGCAAGAGCCUGGUGUACGGGAUCAUGGGGGCCGUGGCAGUGCUACUGGUGGUCUUGGUGGUGGUCCUGAUUAUCUUCCUCAGCCGAUCCCAGAAAAAACUGCACAGAAGGCAAGAGUACAACAUAUCUCGUGAGUGGCCAAGAGAAGAUGUCCCUGGCAAUUUCCAGAGCAUAAGCGUCUGGGAAGGUCAGAAUCUGAAGGGGGACAAGUUUGGCCUUGAAAACACCUACAGACACUUCCAGCCCUCCCUGCAGAACGUCGACCCCACCACAGAGAUCCACAUUCAGAGGCCCAGUGUGGUGACAACUGUUCAGUGA